AUGGACAACGCUCACACAAAGACUGUGGAGGAAGUUUAUGGCUUUUUCAGCGUUAACGAAAGCACCGGUCUCAGUUUGGAUCAAGUGCGUAAGCAAAAGGACAGAUUUGGACCGAAUGAGCUGCCAGCAGAAGAAGGCAAGUCCUUGUGGGCCCUGGUCAUUGAACAGUUUGAAGAUCUUCUCGUGAGGAUCCUUUUACUCGCAGCUUGUAUAUCAUUUGUACUGGCCUGGUUUGAAGAUGGAGAGGAAACGAUCACAGCCUUUGUGGAGCCAUUUGUUAUACUCCUCAUUCUCAUAGCCAAUGCUGUUGUUGGAGUAUGGCAGGAAAGAAAUGCUGAAAAUGCCAUUGAAGCUCUGAAAGAAUAUGAGCCAGAGAUGGGAAAAGUGUACCGGCAGGACAGAAAAAGCGUGCAGAGAAUUAAAGCCCGAGACAUCGUGCCUGGAGAUAUUGUGGAGGUGGCAGUUGGAGAUAAAGUGCCUGCGGACAUCCGACUAUGCUCUAUCAAGUCGACCACACUGCGUGUGGACCAGUCCAUUCUCACAGGAGAGUCUGUGUCUGUUAUCAAACACACUGACCCAGUGCCUGACCCCCGAGCCGUCAACCAAGACAAGAAGAACAUGCUCUUUUCUGGUACAAACAUUUCGGCUGGUAAAGCUGUCGGUGUGGUUGUAGCCACUGCAGGAAACACAGAGAUCGGUAAAAUCCGAGAUGAGAUGGCAUCUACAGAACAGGAACGCACUCCCCUUCAGCAGAAGCUGGACGAGUUUGGAGAGCAGCUGUCCAAGGUGAUUUCAAUCAUCUGCAUUGCGGUUUGGAUCAUCAAUAUUGGGCAUUUCAACGACCCCGUCCAUGGAGGCUCUUGGAUUCGUGGGGCCGUGUAUUAUUUCAAAAUUGCGGUGGCUUUAGCUGUGGCUGCGAUCCCUGAGGGCCUUCCUGCGGUCAUCACCACAUGUUUGGCUUUGGGUACAAGGCGCAUGGCCAAGAAAAACGCCAUUGUGCGCAGUCUGCCAUCUGUGGAGACCCUGGGUUGCACCUCUGUGAUCUGCUCUGACAAGACGGGCACUCUCACCACCAAUCAGAUGUCCGUUUGCCGGAUGUUUGUUCUUGACAAAGCAGAAGGCGACCACUGUUCUUUGAAAGAGUUCACAGUGACAGGAUCCACUUAUGCUCCAGAGGGAGAAGUCUUCCAAGAUGGAAAGGCUGUCAAAUGUUCCCAGUAUGAUGCUCUGGUAGAGCUGGCCUCUAUCUGUGCGCUCUGUAAUGAUUCAUCGCUUGAUUUUAAUGAGACCAAAGGUGUGUAUGAGAAAGUUGGAGAGGCAACAGAGACUGCUCUCACUUGUUUAGUGGAGAAGAUGAACGUGUUUGAUACAAAUGUGAAGGGCCUGUCCAAAGUGGAGCGAGCCAAUGCCUGUAACUCAGUAAUAAAGCAGUUGAUGAAAAAGGAAUUAACGCUGGAGUUUUCCAGAGAUAGGAAGUCUAUGUCUGUGUACUGCACCCCAAAUAAGUCCCGCUCCUCUGCUGGGAAAAUGUUUGUGAAGGGUGCUCCUGAGGGAGUGAUUGACAGAUGCACUCACGUGCGUGUUGGCAGUAACAAGUUGCCCAUGACCCCUGGCAUCAAAGACAAAUUAAUGUCAGUCAUUCGAGAGUACGGCACAGGGCGGGACACCCUGCGCUGCCUGGCCCUGGCCACUCGAGACAACCCCAUGAGCAGAGACAGUCUAGUUCUUGAAGACUCCAAUCGCUUUAUUGAGUAUGAGACUGACUUGACAUUUGUCGGAUGUGUGGGCAUGUUGGACCCCCCGCGAGCUGAGGUUGCUGCUUCUAUUCGACUUUGUCGUCUUGCGGGUAUCAGAGUGAUUAUGAUUACAGGAGAUAACAAAGGUACUGCCGUGGCCAUAUGCCGCCGUAUUGGCAUUUUUGGUGAAGACGAUGACGUAUCAAGCAUGGCUUUCACUGGACGAGAGUUUGAUGAUUUGUCCCCAGCAGCACAAAGGGAAGCUGUGGUCAAAGCCCGCUGCUUUGCUCGAGUGGAACCUUCACAUAAGUCUAAGAUUGUUGAAAUUUUACAAUCUUAUGAUGAGAUUACAGCAAUGACUGGUGAUGGUGUGAAUGACGCUCCUGCUCUUAAGAAAGCUGAGAUAGGCAUUGCAAUGGGCUCGGGCACAGCAGUGGCCAAAACUGCUUCUGAAAUGGUUCUUGCUGAUGACAACUUUUCCACAAUUGUAGCGGCAGUCGAGGAAGGCAGAGCCAUUUACAACAACAUGAAACAGUUUAUCAGAUACCUGAUUUCUUCAAAUGUUGGAGAAGUUGUCUGUAUCUUCCUCACAGCAGCCCUGGGAUUCCCUGAAGCUCUCAUUCCUGUCCAGCUGCUCUGGGUCAACCUUGUGACUGAUGGUCUGCCGGCCACAGCUUUGGGCUUCAACCCACCUGAUCUGGACAUCAUGAACAAGUCUCCACGCAACGCCCGGGAGCCUCUCAUCUCAGGAUGGCUCUUCUUCAGAUAUCUGGCUAUUGGAUGUUAUGUGGGUGCAGCGACUGUUGGAGCUGCUUCCUGGUGGUUUGUGGCAGCUGAAGAUGGUCCUAGAAUCACCUUUUACCAGCUGAGUCACUUCUUACAAUGUGGACCUGAAAAUGUCGACUUCAAUGGCCUUGACUGCAAGAUCUUUGAAUCCCCAUAUCCCAUGACCAUGGCCCUUUCGGUGCUGGUCACAAUUGAAAUGUGCAAUGCUCUGAACAGUGUGUCAGAAAACCAGUCACUGCUGCGGAUGCCUCCCUGGGAGAAUGUGUGGCUGCUGGGAGCCAUCUGCCUCUCCAUGUCUCUACACUUCCUCAUCCUUUACGUUGAACCACUACCUAUAAUCUUUCAGAUUACCCCUCUUAACUUGACUCAGUGGCUAAUGGUACUGAAGAUAUCACUCCCUGUUAUUCUGCUGGAUGAGGUUCUUAAGUUUGCUGCUAGAAAUUACCUGGAGCGCGGUAAUGAGCUGGAGAAGGCGGCCAGCUCCAAAGGCUGUUCCAUAUGUGCAUGUUUUGAGGGCAUCUCCUGGCCCUUUGUGGCCGUGUCCCUCCCACUCAUCGUGUGGAUCUACAGCUCCGACACUAACAUGGCUGACAUGUUCUGGUCCUGA